AUGAGCGCCGAGGAAGCAGAAUGGCACGCACACCGUAAUUAUGCAGUGGUGGUCGACGCCGGCUCCUCCGGUUCGCGCCUCAUGGUCUAUUCGUGGCGCGAUGUGGAGUGGGAGCGCAGCGUGCGUACUGAGAAAAACCUCCCUUUGGACAUUCUGCCGACGGUCGAGAAGGGGACGUGGGAGAAUUCGGACCGAGAGUGGCAGGUGAAAGUUGAGCCUGGUCUCUCGUCGUUCGCAGGUCACACACACGACCUGCAAGCGUACCUGGAGGACCUCUUUUCGCACGUCCAGGCCGUGGUGCCCCCUGAUGCAUGGUCACGUACGCCGAUCCACGUCCUUGCGACUGCCGGUAUGCGCAUGGUCCCUGUCGCCCGGCGGAAAGCGAUCUUGCAAGAAACAUGCCGUGUUUUGCGCACACUCCCUUUUUCGGUCCCUGACGAGAACGAUGCAAACACCGUGGACUCUGACAGUGUGUGUGGCGGCCAAGUACGAGUGAUCUCUGGCGAGGAAGAAGGCUUGUUUGGCUGGAUUGCGAUCAACUACCUCAUGGACGGGUUCUCGACAUCGAGCGCCGAGGUGCCUGCCGGCGAUAUUGCGUCCAAGGUGGGCAGCACGACGUAUGGCUUCCUCGACAUGGGCGGGGCCAGCACGCAAAUCGCUUUUGAGCCGUCCCAAGAGGCGCUUGCGACGCCGACCAACGGCACGGAGCAGGCGUCCUCGCCACAGCAGAACGACCUCUUUGACGUCAAUUUCCGGCGGCUGGACUCGUCGGUUGUCAAGCACCAGGUGUUUGUGACGACCUUUUUGGGAUUCGGCACGAAUGCGGCGCGCACACGCUACCUUGACGCCCUUGCAGCCGGGCACGAGGCGAGUACACCGCUCCCCGACCCCUGCCUGCCCAAGAACCUGCGCCUGGUGUCGGACGGAGCCGCGGUGAUAGGAACCGGCUCGUUUUCCGAGUGCCUUGCGCUGCAGCAGCCGCUGCUGGACCGCGACGCAGAGUGCUCGCACCCUCCCUGUCUCUUCCACGGCGUGCAUGUUCCCGCUAUCGACUUUAAGAGCAACCAGUUUAUUGGCGUGUCCGAGUACUGGUACAGCUCGCACGACGUCUUUAACCUGGGCGGCACCUAUGACUACACGACCUACCAGAAAGCCGCACAGGACUUUUGCGCGGAAGAGUGGCCCGUGCUCGAGGCCAAGCUUUCGCAGAAGCACUACAAGGAUCAGGUUACGCUCUCGCGCCUGCAGAUGCAGUGUUUCAAGGCGGCGUGGGUCGUUACCGUUUUGCACGAAGGCCUGCGCCUGCCCCGUCUGGGCGACGCAAAUGCGCGCCUCAAUGCCACCGAUCAUGCUCAAGAUGUCCCCGAGAAAGCCAACGACAAGAACCUGUUCCAGAGCGUGAAUGAUGUGCGUGGUCUCGGCGUGAGCUGGGCGCUUGGCAAGGCGAUCCUCGAAGCGAGUACCGACAUUCCCGCGGCGCCGUGUGCGUCGUGCGGCCUCACGAUGCAAGAGCCCGAGCGUGGUGCGUUUGAAGCGGCCAUGUCGCUGCGACCCACGACGCAGCUCUCCGAUACCCCCUGGCUCGCAAGCAUCCUGUUCCUGGCUACGUGCCUUGGCCUAGCUGUACUUGGCUAUCGUUUUUUCGUACGCCGCCGCAGCGGCGCGUGGACGCCGCUGCCGACGAGCGAUGGGAGCCGCCGCAGCGAGGCGUGGAACGACAAGAUGGACGACGCGACGCACGCCGUCGUCAUCCACGACGAUGACGCGUGGAGCGACACGCCGGAAGCGAGUGAUGGGCCGUCGCGCCCUCCCCGCCGGCACACGCGCCGCAAGUCGCACCGCAAAGGCAUCUGGUCCAAGGUCGUCCACGGCACAGCGACGUACGCCUCGCGCCAGCUGCAGCGCGUCGUCGCUCGCGACGUCCUGCCCACGUCGCUGCGCGCCGACGAGCCGAGCGGGAGUCGGCGGCCGUCGGCGGUGCGCAUCGUGCCGCACCGCCUGCGAGACGUGCAGUACGAGCAGCUUUCGCGCGACGGGUACCCCCGCGUCCCCGCGCCGUGGGCCACUGCUUUAAUGAGCGGCUCGCGCUCACCGACGUCGCCCAUGACCCCCGUCGCCCCCCUAUCUCGGCCCGUGUCUCCCCACGGGCGCGCGUCGCGUGUGGCAUCCCCCCACCCCGAACGCAGUGCAAGUACGCCUCCCGCGCGCACGCGCAAUGCGGCUGUGGCCAGCGGCAUCCUGUAUAGUUCGCGCCCUCCUUCGCGCGGCCCCUCGCCCAUGACACUGGACACACGGCGGACGUCCAACAGCAGUGCCGCUGCGCCCUCCCCCAGCUGGCUGGCGCCGCCCGACUCGCGCGUACGCUCACCGCUGGACGCACGCAUGCGCUCGCCUACCGAGACCGUCCCCCGCUCGCCCGCCGGCGAUUCGUUUGCGCCGUAG